UUAUACCGGGGCCUGGCUUUAGCAACUAGCUGACACGCAUGUGGCCACUGCACAGUCACACUUUGUUCAUCUUACUUUCAGAUAUCUCUUAAAAAAAGCUUUGAUUUUUGCAAUUUGGUGAAGUGGGGGUAUCCAGUAAAAGAAAGCAAGCAGGGAGGUGAUAUAGAUGGGAAGGAUAUUUGUGGUGGAGCUGGAGGGAAGGUCAUACAGAUGCAAAUUCUGCAAGACCCACUUGGCUCUUGCUGAAGAUCUUGUCUCUCGAGCUUUUCAUUGCCGACGGGGAAAAGCAUACCUCUUCAAUAAUGCGGUGAACCUCAUAGUUGGAGCAUUAGAGGAGAGGCUGAUGCUUUCUGGUUUGCAUACUGUGGCAGACAUAUUUUGUUGCUGUUGUGGACAGAUUGUCGGCUGGAAAUAUGAGUCUGCACAUGAGAGAGGUCAGAAGUAUAAGGAAGGGAAGUUUGUUCUUGAAAGAGGGAGGAUCGUUGAUGAAGUUGACUUUGCUACUGAAUUCUAUAUUGAUACCCGCCCUAGCAUGAGUGACGCUGAAGAUGCUUAGGAUCCAACUUCAUUUCUUUAAAUAGUUCUACUAGACAUUUAGACUAUUCAGAAGAGAUUUAUUGCUCAUGUAUAUAACUCAAUAAAUUUUAACUGUGAUUGUUGCUAUCCUUUUGGGAAUUUUCUUUUA